GCCAGGGCUACAUUGUAAAAUCCUGUCUCAAAGUAAGUAAUGAAAAGAGAAUUGAACAAUUCUCAAUUACUCAAAUACUCAAUUGAGUAAUGAACUCAAUUACUUUGAGUUCUAAAUGCUGGGGGUGGGAAGGCAGUAGGAACAGUGGAGACAGCAUAAAACAACAAUACAUAACAUUUUGACCCUGGAACUGCUAAGGAACAGGACCUUGGUUGUUGAAGAGCUUGCAGAGACCAGAGCUCUGAAAUACCUUGCUAUUAGAACUUCACCAUGACCUAUUUAUUGUGAGCAGCUGUGGAAGCCGAUCUUACAGCUACAGAAAAACUUGCCCAAGAACUCAUUGUGUAGCAGGCAGUGAGUGUUGGCUGUUUGAAGUCAGCUGGAAAGUUUUAAAUACAAAACUCAAUAAGUUGAUGCCUCAUAAACAGACUAAAAAUCAAAACAGCCAUUGUCUUCAGCUCUCAUUCACAAACCAUUUCUCAAACAGAUUGUGACAAUAACAAAAAGUGGUUUGUAUGGGAAACUGGCCACAACCAGCUUAGUGGCCUCAAAGCACUUCCCAAAGCCAAACUUUAACCAAAAGAGGUCCCGGUCACUGGUGGUGUGCUGGGGCCCUGAUCCACUGUAGCUUUCUAAGUCCCGAUGAAAGAAUCACAUUUGAGAAGUUUGUUCAGCACAUCAUCGAGGUGCAGCCCCUGCAGUCAUCGUUGGUGAACAGAAAGGGCCCGGUUCAGAACAAGGCCUGACUAUGUGCUUCAAAACCUGAAUGAAUUGAACUGACCCCAGCUUCUUCAGCAUCUUGAAAACCUUUUGGAAACAUUUCCACAGCCAGCAGGAUGCACAAGGGUUCCUUCCAGGUGACACAGCCCGGCACCAUCGAGCUGUUAUUCUAGACCUACUGCAAGAGGCACUGACAGAAGCUGGGUUAACCUCCCAGGACAUUGAUUGCAUUGCUUACACCAAAGGUCCUGGUAUGGGAGCCCCAUUGGCUUCUGUAGCUGUCGUUGCCCGUACUGUGGCCCAGUUGUGGAAUAAGCCUUUGGUAGGUGUGAACCACUGCAUAGGCCACAUUGAAAUGGGCCGCCUCAUCACUGGAGCCAUUAGCCCAACUGUUUUGUAUGUCAGCGGAGGAAAUACUCAGGUGAUUUCCUACUCAGAACAUCGUUACCGCAUCUUUGGGGAAACUAUUGAUAUUGCUGUGGGAAAUUGUCUGGAUCGUUUUGCUCGAGUGCUGAAGAUUUCCAAUGACCCAAGUCCAGGCUACAACAUUGAGCAGAUGGCAAAGCGAGGCAAGAAGCUAGUUGAGCUGCCAUACACUGUAAAGGGGAUGGAUGUCUCAUUCUCAGGGAUUCUGUCUUUCAUCGAGGAUGUAGCGCAGAAAAUGCUGGCCACAGGGGAAUGUACUCCUGAAGACCUGUGUUUCUCCUUACAGGAAACUGUGUUUGCAAUGCUAGUGGAGAUCACAGAGCGAGCCAUGGCACACUGUGGCUCCAAGGAAGCCCUCAUCGUAGGAGGAGUUGGAUGUAACGUGAGACUGCAGGAGAUGAUGGCAGCAAUGUGCCAGGAGCGGGGAGCCCAGCUCUUUGCCACAGAUGAGAGAUUCUGCAUUGACAAUGGAGCCAUGAUAGCCCAAGCAGGUUGGGAGAUGUUUCAAGCUGGACAUAGGACCCCUCUCAGAGAGUCUGGAAUUACACAGAGCGUUGCGCUGAGACCUAGUUUUUCGGAAAGACUGCUUCUCUUAACGCCUGGUGGUGAGUCUUUCACAUCCAUGUACCGCUGGGCAUGGAGGUGGUGCAGCAUCUCUUCUUUCUUUCCCUCCUCUGUCUCUUUGAGACAGGGCCUCUCUAUGUAGCCCUGCCUGGUUUGGAGUUUGAUGUGUAGACUAGACUGGCCCCAAUCUCACGGAGAUCCACCUGCCCCUGCCUUCUGAGUGCUGGGAGAAAGGUGUGCACCGCCACGCCCCACCUCUUGCAACGCACUGUUCCAUAACUCAGUCUCAUCCCGUUCUUCUGCCACAAUCUGGCUCUUCAGGUUAUUAUGUGGAAUCCAUCCCUUUUCCAGGACCUGAAACCCUUUGAUCUUACUUCCUUUCUACAUUGUUUGCUAUCCUCAGUUAAAUUCCAAUAAUAAACACCUUGCUGCAGA